AUGAAUGAUCCUUUCCACAAGGUGUUUGGUAUAACUAGUAUUGGCAAGUUGAUCAUGGGUCAUGUUGGAAGUGUACACAGAUCACUUGGUAUCGAGGAUGGCAAGCUGAUAAAGGGUGCAACACUUUUGGCCAAAGACAGUUUGGUACAAUAUAUCAAAUAUGGUGCCGUGGAAUGGUUCCUCAAAUCAUAUUCUACAUUCUCAAACAAGUACAGUACCAACAAUGCCGUUCUGCUGGAGGAGGCAUUCAUUAGAGGGGACACACGUAUAUUGGAAGUGUUACUUGCCAAUCCCUGCAUGACAUUGGAUAGCGAUCUAAGCCUCAGCCUCUCCAAACGAUUUGUCAGCAGCCUGUCAUCAUGUACUCAUCCGAGAUGGGAGUGGAUUCUUUCAGAGUACUUGACAAUCACAUGCAUCUCAACGCCGUCCCAAAUCAACAUCAGGAUUGAUCUCGAGUUGAUGGAAUUGAUCAAACACCCAUCGUUCAUCAAGAAGCUCAUCAAACUCGGAGCCAAGCUCACACCACUCAUUGCAAACACACGGAUGGAUGCCUGGUUCGAUUGUCCAUGGGCUUUGGAGAUGUUCCAGGUGUUGUUUGACAAUGAUCUCUUGCCAUCUGCAUGCAUUAUCAAACUACUGGGCAUGGCUGCCGCACAGAACAACUCCACAAUGUAUCAUCACAUCUUGACCACGAGCAUACAGUACAUCGACUUUUUCUUUGAGUUCUCACCAGAGGUAUUGAUUACGCCUUGUUGUCAGUAUGGACGGAUGGAUAUUCUGAACCUGACGUUCAAUCAAUUGGAUAUACAUCGAGACAUCAUUGUUUGGAAACCUAAUGAUAACAAUUGGAUGGACUGGUUAACAAUUGCUGCAAAGAAUGGUCACACUACAAUGGUCGUAUACUUGUAUGAUCACGUCAGAACAUUGAUGUAUGCACCGAAUUGCCUAUUGGAGGCGACCAAGGUUGCACUGGAAAAUGGUCACAUGGAUGUUGUUGACUACCUCCUCGAGAUAUUGCAAUCAUUUGAUCCCGCCGAACAUAUAAUAACCCUCAACAAAGUUCAUCAAAGUAUACUAUCGAUUGGUCUUCUUGAUCGUCUGGUUGCACACGCCAAUACCCGUCCAAGAUUGGACAAAGUCAUGAAGAAUGCGGUCAGAGCACGCGAUAAAGAUGCGGUUACGUACAUUAUUAAGGGCCUCAAACUAGGUCAGUCUUCGUUAUCAUUCCAAAAAGGCUUGUCCAUUGCUAUAGCACUCUGUCAGUUGGACUUGGCAUCAAUGAUCAAGGAUCAGUUCCCAUAUUUGCGUGUCUUGGCUCCAGAGUUAAACUCAAUGAUCAGAUUUGUCGGCUCACCAGACUGUCCAAUAAGCGAAGAGGAUGCUAUCAACUUUGUCAAGGACACUAGAUUGGAUCUCAACCCAAACCAGCUCUCCAAGCUCAUCAUAUCAGCGUCAACCAAGUCAUUGGCAUUCAUUCAGAUUGUGGUGUCCAGAUUCACCGCAGUAUGCUCAGGUAAUGGAGGCCCUUUUGUGGAGAUCAAAGACGAUGAUAUGAAGGAGGCCAUCAAUGAAUACAGAGCGUCUGGGACCAUGAAGACAGUAUGGUCGCUACCCCAGGAGAUCAUCCCAUCCAAUAUCUCAGACCCAGUAGUAUUGGAAUUCCUCUUGGACAAAGGCUACCAUAAUCUGAGUGAUAGGUCAGAUAUCUCAUUGACUUUGAAUAUAUGGUUGCCGGAAGGACUCAACUCCAUCGCGAUUAUCUGGAACAAUCACAAGUACAAAUCAUGCUCAACUCCAUCGUCCUUCAAUCACUCGACAAAGGGCACAUGA